AUGGCAAUGAAAUACAAUCGAGUUCGUAGUCUUCGACGUCAGAAGAAAAGUAACAAAGAUAUCCUGCUAGAAGCAUUAGAAGAUACCAGUCUCACUUCAACUAUCAAAAAGGACACGUCAUCAAUUUCAUCAUCUUCCGAAUCUCCAUUACCAUCAGUAAAACGUAAGAAAGCUAGCUGCCAACAAACAUUGAGCGGGUUUUUCGAUAAGAUAGCUGUUUCAGAGGCCUCUAAAAUUGAUGAGGCAUUAGCUAGGGCUCUUUAUGCUUCUGGUGCUCCUUUCUCUUUUCAUAAAUAA